AUGGGCAAAAACUCGAGCCUGCUCGACGCGCUGCCGACAGCGCAGGGUACGCUACACGUGGUCAUGCUGGGCCUUGACUCAGCUGGGAAAACAACAGCGCUUUAUCGGCUCAAGUUUGACCAAUACCUUAACACCGUCCCCACUAUUGGGUUUAACUGUGAAAAAGUGAAAGGAACUCUUGGAAAGUCUAAAGGUGUUAAUUUCCUUGUAUGGGAUGUUGGUGGACAAGAAAAACUGCGACCUCUCUGGAAAUCAUACACGAGGUGCACGGAUGGCAUUAUAUUCGUGCUGGAUUCCGUUGAUGUAGAACGCAUGGAGGAAGCAAAAAUGGAGUUAAUAAGAACGGCCAAGUCUCCAGAUAAUACUGGUGUACCGAUUUUAGUAUUAGCUAAUAAACAGGACUUACCGGGGGCGAAGGAACCCCGUGAGUUGGAGAAGUUGUUAGGUUUACACGAGCUGGUGUCGUCACCGCACGGCUCUCGCGAUGCACAUGCAUGGCACGUGCAGCCUGCCUGCGCCAUCACCGGCGAGGGGCUGCACGAAGGGCUAGAAGCCCUCUAUGAAAUGAUUCUCAAGAGAAGAAAAUUGGCCAAAUUGCAAAAGAAACGUGUCAGAUAA